GUCAUGAAGCGAUGCAUGUUUUGCAGUGAGGGGAAGGUGAAAAUCCCCGGAUAAGACAGUAAACAAGAAGCAUGAGAGAGUGUGAGAAGAGAGAGUGAGGAGGAAAACACCGCGACGCUGCUUCAUGUGGAGACAAACACAGAGAGGCUCCAUCCAGCACUUGACGGGGAUCUGGGAAGGAGGCUCCAGGGAAUUCUGUGUCAGAGAGAAAAGGGACAAAUAAAGCCCACGGGAUCGGAGGACUGCAAGAAGCCUGCAAAGGCAGGGACCUACAUCCUUCACAGCCCCGUCUGCUUUCACUGUGGUGGACAUUUCAAACCGCGCCGUUCUCGGCCAGGAGACGUGAUGCAGGAUUAAAUCUCAUGCUCCCUCGAGAGUGAUCCCAAACCACUGCUAUGGCCUCAGGUGCUCUUGACUCUUUACCAGAGGUUAGUGGGAUACCAACGUGGAAGAACGCUGAUCAACAUUAGACACAGUUAAUCGUUUUUCAGUGAGGGUGCAGGGGAAAAGGCCCAGCCACGGCCCACGAGAGGACUCCUGCAGCGACAGAGGAGAUGGGUAACAAAAACACCAACCUGCCCAAAGGCCCUGAAGCCGAGGCCACACAACCAGACGAAGGGGAACUCAUCAGCAGUGCCACGGAAAGUGUCUCCAGAGAUGAAUCGCAGGGCCCCACCCCAGAGCUGCUGGCCUCCCUGCAAUCCCUCGGAGAAAACAACGACUACACGCUGCUGCCACACUCCUUGCACCAGAUUGCAGAGGCCUACUCACUCAAACAGGACUACCAGUGGGCCAUCCAGUUCUUACAGCUGGAGAAGCUCUACCAUGAACGCCUGCUCUCCAACCUCACAGUCCUGCAGGAGAACUGGGAGAGCCAAGAGAGGGAGAAGGACAGCGGCAGCAGCUUGCCUCCUGAGACAGACGGCAUGAGCGAGAAACACUUUGAGACGCUGAGCCAGAUGUGCAGAACUCACCUCAGACCAUCCAUCAGUGUGGAACAGAACAAGCUCAACACGACACUACAGCCGCAUCGUGAUGAAGCCAACACGUCAGAAACUACGCACCAGGAGGAAGUGAAGGAACACAGCUUGAUUUUGGAGUCAGAGCGUUCAUCACCACAGACGGGCUGUGAGGAGGAGGACGGAGAUACAUGUGAGGAAGGGCAGGAAGUAGAAGAAGAAGAAGAAGAGCAGUGUGAGGAGACACCAGAAGAGGAAGAGGUGAAAGUGGAGUGGCCAACAGGAGUACCUCAGGCAUCAGACAAGGACCUGGCCAAACUGUCCCACAAGGAGGGGAACUCGUCCCCAGACGGUCUGGUUUCCAUCCUGAAAAGGAGGAGAGCAUCGCUGGACGGGUUACCUCCCCCAAGCAAUACUACUAAUAAACAAACUUCCAAACGCAAAGUUCGGUUCAGUGAGCCGGAGGACGGGAGCGAGCACGAUGAGGUGGGCGGAGACUCCUGCCUGAUCCUGCUGUUGCUGUGCCUCGUUACUGUGGUGAUCAGUGUGGGUGGGACUGCGCUCUACUGCACCCUGCUGGACACUUACUCCAACAUCUGCACCGAUUUCACUCACAAUGUCGACUUUUAUGUCAUGAACGUGCGGAGGCUCGUUGAAGGGCUCGGGCGCUGGCUGCCCUUUCGGACUUAACACCCUUAAUCUGCGUCAUCCAUCAUCCGGACAAGAACUGCCAACAAUGAGCGGCUGCAGUGCUGAGCUAACACGACGGCGCAGGGACGAAAUGUAAACAAAGAUACUUGUGAACUGUAAUCAAUAACUACACUGGUGCUUGUAGCGACACCGUACGGUAACGUGCUCCGAAUCUCACCUCAGAAUCAAAACGUGGUGACGUGUGCAUGUAAGCGUUAAAAAAAAUACUUGUUUACUACGCUCCGUGUGGUUGCCAUAGAUACCACACGAGAGGGCUCACGUGUCUCGGCUCUGUUUAUAUAAAAACAGAAGGUGUUUGCAGGGCUCCGCUCACGUUUGUAGCAGCAGCUGUAACUUUUGAUCAGUUUGUCUCAUAAGUUCCAGAUUUUUGUUGUUUUAUUUGUACUUGUGUAGAGAAAAGCUGUCGUUCAAAUCCACAGGAUCACGUGUGUGUGUGUGUUUUUAGGAUGAUCAACCAAAUAAUGAUUUCCCAGCCCGCCCACAUUUUAUUUCCUAUUACCUUUAUUCUGCUAUCAAUAGCAUGGAGGACCAGAAAUGCCAAAAUAUAAAACCAUAUAGAAAUAAAAGACUCAGAGAAUGA